AUCAUCUCUGCCUGCUUGCUGUUAUUCUGAGAAGUCGAGAAUUGAUAGACGAGAACCAAAGACACUCAGAGAGAUUUGGGUAGACUAGAGAACUCAAAGCCACAUGCCUGUUGGGUGUAUGAUGAAGUCAGAUAUGGAGGGCAAGAAGGAAUGGACGGUGAUUUUCUUUGAGAAAACUACUUCUGCAAUCCGAUUUACUGGCUGCGGGGAUUCUGUCAUCAGUUCUCUCAGUUUCGAGAAGACGGGCAAGGAGAGCUCGUGAAGAUUUUGACUCUCUUUGCUUCACUUCAGCAGCAAAUUCGGUACUGCAGACGGGGUUCUCUUUCGUGCAAGAGUAAGUCAGAUUUGAAUACUCUAGGUCUUAUUUCUAGGCACAAGCAUCAACCGCGGAAAGAAAAUGAAUGCAACAGAAUCAGAAAACGCCUCCCUCAGUUCUCUUGAUGCCUUUUCCGGAACUGGAAUAAUAAGCUUGGUGCUGGAAGCGGGUCUCCUUGACUUGAUCUGGGCAGUCGGUGCCAUGGGAAUUCUUUUAGGAAUAUGGUUUUCUGUGGACGGGCUAAAGCGAAGACAGCAAAGGCAUUUAGAGUAUCCACAAGCAACUGACCUGUCCGUGGAGUACCAAAUACGUAUAGAUGGGGAUGACUUCAAUUUGGUACCGACAGAGCUGAAAACAUUUGCCAAGGAGAAGAUCAUCAAUAUAGUAGGUCGCCAUAUAAAGACGACAUUGGCAUUCUUCCUCCUAGGCCUAAGAGAGCCAAAAGCUCUUGAACAGGAUGAAACCUGCCAGGCACAGGAAUCUAUUUCUGUCAGUGAUCGAAUCUCACUUGGUUCCCUUACAAGUGAACGAUCGGAAGUAGAUGAUUUGACACCAUGUCAAGGUGACUUUCAGACCAUAGUUCCAGGUAACAGACGAGAAGACAGUUCCAACUCUUCGUUAGCUACGACGGAUAUGUCUAUGGAUAGGAAUACGGACUCCCGCCCACUAGAAGCUAGUUCAGCAGUUACUGGAGAGCACAUUCCAAAAUGUCAAGAUGCCACGAAUGAAGAUGGAUACCCGCAGGAUAAGAUACCAUACAAAAGUUUACCUGUGGAGUGGUGCUUUCCAGUGGCUCGUUUAUGCAAAUCACCUACACGUCGAUACUCUUGUAUGCGAAGUCCUAAAGAUUUGUGCGACGACAAUUAUGUGGAGUCGGACGAAAUGAUUGAGUUGGAGUUUCACAAUGAUGGGGAUAAGAUAAAACUAAUCUGGAAAUGAAACAAUACUAUUUCAUUCUGGUGUGUCCCUUCCAUCGGCAAGGCUUCCCUUUUCUGCUGGUUUACAAAAAAAAUUAAGAACUGCUUUUGAGGCGACCUCAUGAGGUGACUGGAACAACUCCAUUUGGACUAGGGAUUGAUGUGGCCGAGAAGUUUCUCCUGAGAGAAAAGAGAACUUCAACAGCUUCCCUACCAACUACCGUUUAUCUCGACCAUGAGACAAGUUAUGUGGUGCGGUCUCUCAAAGAUAAUGCUCAUACAAGGAUUCAAAUCUUUGACAAAUGAGCAACCAGGCGAAUCUCAACUCUAUUUUUGUCUGGACUAUUCUUGGUCGCUGCCUUCUUCAUAGCAACGUAGAGGCUGCUCACAUGUAUUCCCGGUGUUAUUCACAGAGAUUCCAUCAACAACGAUAGAGAGAAGUCAAAUAUCUGAAACGUUGGCAUUCUAUGAUUUCUGAUAUAAAAUUUGAUCGGAUGUGUCUUA